UUUGGACGCGUUUUUCGGAAGAUCCUUGCGCAUCGCCGCAACACCGGUUUCGUCGUUUUCCGUCUAUCCGUGGAGGUGGAAAAAAAUAUUCGUCCGCCCCUCCCGGCACAGUUUUGUGUACACAAAGUCCGAUUUUCAAUCGAACAGUUGAGAUCAGUGGAUGAUUAGAUUGAAUUGGUCCACGAGGGAGAAAAGUUUGUUAUCCCAAAUAGAAUCCAUUGAAGGCUGACCCACAGUUGUGGGUACCUAUCCUCUGCUGAACGAGAAGAACUUUUGGGAGGUGAAAAAUUUUCCGGGUGUGUUUCCUCCCGCUGCGGCUGUACAGACGAAAAUUGAGGCUAACAGCUAACAGCAGCAGCAGCAUCGAGAGCGAGAGUUUCACGUUCACGUUUCGGUGUUUUGCUUCAGUGAGUCGACAGGAAAUUUAUUGGAAGUGGUGUUGAGACUCUGACCUGUCCCUUGCAGGCCCAUCCAGCUGUAGCCGUCAGUCUAGAACUUGAGCCAAAGUAUCGGAAUCGUUCUCCACUCGUGUGUAAGGAUAAUUGUGAUAAAAUUCGAUGAAAUUUCAACCUCCCCCAAUCCUCCAGAGGUAGGGCAGAAGAAUAACGAGGAUCCAAAAGGCCAACGCCGACAAGGGGCGUGUGAGUGUGUUUUAUUUUCAUCGUACGUUCCGUUUCCCUCCCAAAUAGACCUGACGGACGUCCCGUGACCCGUUCAUUUAACAUUUUCUGGAUCGUCGCGCCCCAAGAGAACGUGUAUGCGACGGCGACGACGAGUGCGAAUGGGAAUGAGGAUGGAUGAUGCGAUGAUGGUGUCCGGUUUUCGGGCAGGACGGGGCGCUUUUAUUUGGGACCAUUAGUUUAGAUUAGUGCAUGCAGGGCUGCAGCUGCAUCGGCAGUGUGUUCGAGGUUUCACAGCAAAACAAACCGGGAAAAAAAAAACUGCUGCAUUCCUCCGACCAUCACUAGGGCUAGACUGGGUGGGGGUUGCAUAGCGAAACGGAACAAUCGCCCAGGUGAAACGGGUCGAACGUGUAUCGAAGAGCGAAAUUUAUGGGUGUUUACGUAGUGACAUAUACUCAACUGCUGGGUCGAAUGUGUGUAUAAUGCUUGAACUCUGCAUCGUCGAACGGAAGUGAUUACCCCCGGGGGUGAAAACUGUGUCAACUCGGCCAUUUUCAGCACUUACCGACGAAACCUCGGCUUAGGAACUUUUCGGGUCGCACCAAAGUGAACAUCGCCUGAAAACUGCUCAUAAAAUAAGUGCAUCCGACGAGUCUUAUCGCGUGAGAAAAGUGGAAAGCCUUCUGGAGGUAAUAUCCUAAAUCAACACUUGGCGAACGGAACAUCAUUGCCCCUUCUGGAAAGGACGAACCAAGAGAAGAUAUAUUUGAGUAAAAACCGGGUUAAAAGCAGACGUAGAAUUUCUGAUAAACCCUUUGAAAGUGGGAGUCAACUGGCGGAAGCUCGAAAAAAAGGUGAAUGCGAAAGAAGAAAACAGCAAAGGGAAGUUUACUACACUGCAUCUUUUCUGCGGUUUUAAGCUGACUCGCUGUGCAAGGGAAAAGGUGGAUGGAAAAGUGUGAAAGUUUGUUCCCACUAUUUUUUAAUACCGUUAUUAUUACCCACGUUCGGUGCGGUGGAGGCUCCUACGAGCGGAAGAGUGUGUUAUAGGGAGGUAAAAGUGUGGAGUGGAGUGAAAUUCUUCAUGGCUCACGGCUGAGCUGCGUGCUGUGCGCCCGAUGUGAAGGUAAAUUCAAUAAAAAGAAUAAUUAAUGCAAUCUGUGAAAACACGCCGGCGAGUGGGCAGAGAUAAACGGGCAAGUUGAACAAAUUUCGCUAUCGGAAGUUGAACGGAAGACCGUCGUUUCUUCGUUCAGUUGUAGCCAGCAGGUGGAAUAAAAAGCUGCCAAAUUAACUCGAAACAUGACUAAGUUCACCGCUUGAAAUCACAGUCAAUCAAUGAUGUCAAUCUAUCGGGCAGACCUCAGCAAAAUACCAAUUCCCGGUGCACCGCUUUGCUCGAGCAAUCCGAUACUGCUGAUACUACAUGGCAAGCACCUUUGAAGACACUCUUCUUGGACCACACAUCUCGGCUAAAGGUGAAGUCGUCGUUUAGAAGAUUACCUUGGAGGGUUUUACCUCUCAAUACAGUAAGAGCAAGAAGCGAAAGGAACGAAAGCUCUUGCAUCAUCAUCGUCAACAUCAUCAUCAUCAUCAUCAGCAGCAGCAGCAGCUUAGUUGCAGAUGCAAGCAGAAGAAACUCUGAUUCAUGAUUUUUGAUCCGUCACGGUACGGAGCGAAAUGGUGUGCUAUAAAGUGAACCCAGGACACGUGCUCCAUGCGGUUAAGUGCGAAGCUAUACCCGAUGGCCCAAAGUUGGUCCUUCCGAGAGCAGGAUGAUGAAGAAUAGUGCAUUUAGUUUAUAUGUGUGUGUGUGCGUCUACCGACAAGCAAUUCUCCUGGUCGUCGCCGUCGUCGUUCUCUGUGAGUGAUGGUUUCAAGCUCGGCGUGGAAAAUUAUACCCUAGCAAAAUUCGAAUGCCGUCAGCUCGAGCAGCAGUGGGAAUGAGAACGAAACGAGAAAAGUGCAACUGAAGAAAUUAAUAAUAAAUUAUAUUUCCCGGGUUAUCCGUUCUACCUACCGACCGACCGACCGACGAGCCGCGAGCCUCCUACAACACCGUUCUUAAUUUCUGCCAUGCUCGCACGCUUGCUGCGGGAGUUGCUGUCUCAUGCGAUAUUAUUGCUGGUCUAGCACGCCCGCGUCGGAGGAGUAUGGAGCUGCACGAAAGUGGAAAUUGCCAGCCAUAACAAGUGCGAAGUGCUACUGAGCAGAAGCGAAGAAGCAUUGAAGAAGAAGAAUUUGCUCAAGCCAAAUAACCGCCAUCAACAACGACGUGAAGAAUUAUGAAGCGAAGGGUUACAAUCAUGUAUCCCCCGGUGAGCAUGUCCCAUCGGUCCGGAACCCGAUGGGACACCACCAGCAACGGAUACGGUGGUCACAGUUAUACUCACACAUCCUCGUUGCCAUCGCCGUCGUCGUCGUCGUCGUCAUCAUCAUUAUCAUCAUCAUCAUCAUCAUCGCUACCAUUAUCGCCAUGCUCGUCUUAUUCAACCACGUCGAGUGCCUCGGAAAAACACGCCCUCAUAGAAGAUGCGCUAAACAACAACAACAACAACAACAGCUGCACGGGCAAUAGUAGAACUAGCAGUAGUAAUCACGUCAUAUGGUGCAACGGUGGGGUAGUCCACAGCAGCCCAAACAGCGGCAAUCAGCAUGAUUCGGAAAACUGCAAUUUUAACAAAAAUAGCUCCGGUCAUCUGCCAUCCGGAUGUGGCUUGACCGCUGCACCUAGCAGUAGCAGCAGCAGCAGCAGUUGUAAUACCAGUGCCAGUUCUUCGAAUAGUUGUAGUAGUAGUAGUAUUAGUAACGGCAGCAGCAGUAGCAUUAGUAAUAAUAGUGGGAAACACCGGUCGUCGUCGUCGUCAUCCAGGCGGGACGGAGACGCCGACGUCGACGACUGGCGGGUGCAUUUCAUCGUGGCGCUGAUUGCCGUGCUGUGCUAUCUAAACGGUAUCCAGGGUGACUUUGUGCACGACGACAUUCCGGCAAUUACGAUGAACAAGGACGUGCUCGGGCUGAGUCCAAUUUCGCAGGUGUUCCGGAACGACUUCUGGGGCACACCGAUGGCCGACCUCAGUAGCCAUAAAUCAUACCGACCGCUGACGACGCUGACGUUUCGAUUAAAUUAUAUAACAUUUGGCCUUCGUUCGCUAUGGUUUCAUGCAACCAACGUGGUGCUACAUGCGGCCGCCUGUGUAUUAUUCACCCGAGUCUGCACAACGAUCGCCGGACUACGGAAGAAUUUUGCCGUAUUUGCCGGAGUGCUGUUCGCCGUACAUCCGAUCCACACGGAAGCGGUUACGGGAAUCGUGGGACGGGCGGAUGUGCUGGCGUGUAUAUUUUUUCUCAUCUCGCUCCUGGCGUACCAUGGCCACGGCGACGAACCGGAUAGCAACUCGCUCUGGCUGAGCAUCAUCCUUGGUGGCUUGAGCAUGCUGGCUAAAGAAACCGGCAUCACGGUAUUCCUCCUCAACGUGGCGUAUGACGUGUACCGGAACUGGGCAUCGCUCAAGAAAUCCAUCAUGGACGUGAGGUGGAGUGAGGAAACGCACCAAUUCGGCCGUCGUGUGUCGCGUGUCCUGCUCUCCAUGGGCGUUCUACUAGCCGUCCGACUGGCACUGCUGCAAGGAUCCCUACCCAAGUUCUCCCAGCAGGACAACCCCACGGCGUUCCACCCAAAUCUAUACGUUCGAUUGCUGACGUUCUGCUACCUGGCAGCCUUCAACUGGUGGCUGCUGCUGUGUCCAUCGACGCUCAGCCACGACUGGCAGAUGGGAUCGAUACCAUUAGUCACAUCAAUAAGUGAUCCCCGGAAUUUGCUCACGUUUAUUGCGUUCUUCGCCGCGCUGCUGUUUGUCUACCGGGGAAUGAUGGAUUUCGAGCAUCAACGUCACGUCCCAGUCGUAUUGGGGUUUCUGUUAUUAGUUCUACCAUUCCUGCCGGCCACAAAUUUAGUUGUAACCGUCGGUUUUGUCGUUGCCGAACGGGUGCUCUACAUUCCAAGCAUGGGCAGUGUAAUUCUGGUAGUUUACGGAGCACAGCGUAUCUGGGAGCGUAUUCCCAACAUGCGAAAACCAAUCAUGGUGUGUGGUAUGCUGCUCAUAGCCUCCGGCUGCCUAAAAACUCUCUCCCGAAACCUGGACUGGGGCUCCCGUGAAGCCUUACUAAGAUCCGGUCUACGUACCCUGCCCCACAACGCCAAGAUGCAUUACAAUUUCGGCAACUUUUUGCGAGACUCGUCCCAAGCCGAACAAGCUAUCGCACACUACCGUGAAGCCCUGCGACUGUGGCCGACGUACGCCAGUGCCCACAACAACAUCGGCACCUUGAUGGGGGAGUUCGGAACGGCCGAGCACCACUUCAUGGAAGCGAUCAAAUAUUCGUCCGAACACAUUAACGCCCACUACAAUCUCGGCCAGCUGUAUCGUAAAGCCAACCGGACCUCGGAUGCCGUCCGAAUGCUGGAACGGUGCAUCAAGCUGGAGCCACUAUUCACCGCGGCUUAUCUGGAAUUAGUGAAAUUAUACAGCGGUUUGAAGGCCGGCCAGUUGCUGCGGCGCGUGGUCCAGCUGAAUCCGUACGACGUUGACCUACGCCGGCAGUACGGUGACUGGCUGACGGAACAGAAUUUGCUACCGGAGGCCAUUGUCCAGUACCAGGAAGGCCUUAAAAUAAUGGAAACACAUCAAUUAUCGGUAAUCGGAGCCUGCCGGGCGCUUCGGAGGCUUGGACAGCGUUCACGUCUACAUCAGCUGAUACUAAGAUGGCAAUUUAUAGUGCGCUUAUCGAACGGCGGCAUUCCGAUACAGACCGAGAUCUAUCUUCGUGAUUGGAGCCUAAAGCACGAGCUGCGGAACCGGGCCAUGAUUUACGAUACCGGUAGUGUUGGUAACAGUGGAAGUAGCAGCAGCAGCAGCAGCAGCAGCAGCAGUAGCAACAGCGGAAGUGGAAGCAGUACUGUUUCCCAAGGAAGCCAAAGGAGUGGAAGUGGUUCAUCUUCUACCGUGGCGGGAUCCAGCGUAGAUUGCGGUUCUUCCUACGAGGGGUGUUCAAAUCCCACGGAGGCCACUAUUCGCAGUCACACCAAGCUGUCCGCUACGUCGGUGGAGUCCGACAUCAGCAUACGGAUCCUGCGGACGCCUCACUGCAACCGAUCCGAACACCUCCCGGGAUCGCUGAAAAACUGUAAAAUACCCCCCAACGCAGCGACACCAACGUCCCAAGCCACAACAGGUGCAUCCCGAUCCAAGCCCUCGCCAUCCAGAGGUGAUGGAAAAUCAGCAGGAAAACACAAAAAGUGGCCAAAAACACGACACAAGAACAAAGGACCAUCAGCGUCAUCGUCGUCGUCGUCCUCGUCGGCAUCGUCAUCGGAGCUUGAACCUAACUCGGAAGGCUUGGCACCUCUGCUGGUGUCGAACCUGUUGGACAAGCUUUAACCGGGUGUGCAAAUAGCACGAUCCAUUACGAUUACGACCUGCUGCGAGCGAAUGGUGCAAGUGAGGGGGAGUGUGGGUUGUGGGUAGCUUUACGCCAGAUUUUUGGAAACUCGAAACAAAAGGAAUUUUGAAGGUCAAACUUGUAAAAGCAAUUCUUUUUUUUUUAUUCGGUACAAUGUCCAGGAAAGCAGAACAGACGAAAAAGUAGUGCAAGAAAAACCAUGUAAGUAUUAUUGAACGGAACCUUAAGCGAUGGAAUUUAUAGAUAUGUUUGCGCUUUAAAUCAUAAGCAUGUUGGCCGUAGGGCAACCAACAGACGAUACAAUGUACAGAAACAAAGGUAAACUCAAUCGAUAAUAAGUGAUAUACUUUAGUAAGAAUAAAUUUAAAAAAAAACUUCUUUUAGUUGCUAGAAUGUAAAAUGCGCUACGCGAUGUAAAGACAACUUGAAAACUACAAAAAACUAACAUGGAGUCAUGAUUAAGAGUGAGACAAACGACAAAAACGUGGAAAAACUCAAUCCAAGUGAAAGCGCGGUCGUGGAUGAACAAUAUAGAGUAGCAUUUAUUUUUAUAUUCUAAACUGUACAGUUUUUAAUGUAUGAUGCAAAAGAAAUCCGCAAAAGCAACCCAUUUAGAAGUAGUUCCGUAAGCUAAGCUCACGCGCUUGAUCAACCGAUUUGGAGCGAUAAUUGCCAAGUGAUAAAUCAUAAUAUACAGAAAUAGAAAAAAAGAGGAGAAUGGUGCGUGAAAAAACGGGGCAGAACAAAACCUAAGACUGUGAAUAUACAUAACACUUAACUGUAGUCGGAAGCGGAAGUGAACGUGUGCAAAGUAAGUAACGCUUUUCAUCGUGACCCCAAUUCUCAGUUUGUUAUAUAUAUUUUUUGCAAUUUCCACUCUUCGUUCGGUUCAUCACUUUAAUGGAGACAAAAUUUUCUUGGAAUAUUGAGCAGCACGCAAGCAAGUAAACGAUGCUGUAAGCAGAGGAACUGAAGGAAGUGCUAGGAUGGGUGGGGUGUAACCAUAAUAACAGUAACAGACUUUUUUUUCGGACAAGACUUGUACGAAGUCCAGCGAGAUGUUGAAUGGUUUAUUAUGACCGGUCAUAAAAACUGGAGCAAAACAGCAAAAACAUAAGGCAACGAUUUACGAUGUAAUUAAGUUAAUUUAGCCUAAACGCUGGAGAUUUUACGUCUCACAGCGAGUGUAAGAUCAGCAGAGAGGAUUGGUUGGGUUGGUAUUGGAUUAGGGCCAAGCUAGAGGGCAGACAGUGCUGCGUGCGGUAGGACAAAUUAGAUAAUGACAGCAACCAGAACUGACCAGCAAAAUGGCUGAUAAACGAUUGCGCAUGGAUUGAAUUUACUCACUCCGGUUGGAUUGUUUAUGGAUGUGAUCGUCAGAGCCAAAGGGUGAGUGAAAUUGCUCGUUUCAUGUACCGUAUAAUUUUCCGGACGUGCGUGUCCGAUACGACCAAUCUUCUGGUCAUGAAAUGAAAGUUUUGCUUUACUGGGACGAAGAUGAUGGCAGUUAAACGAACGACAAAAGGAAGCUACUAAGGAGGUGCUGUAAUCGUUGCUUUUGAUGGAGCCACAAACUGAGCGAGCAAGAAAAUAUGGAGACUCACCAUUGUUGGUGAUUUUCUACAUUGAUCACAACAUUAAGGCUGAUAGUGAUUCGAAGGUGUAAAUAAUAAUGACAAAAUUGUCAACAUCUGAAUGCGAUUCUGAAUAGUAAGUGAAUGGGCUUAAAACUCUCAUCAGUCGCAAUUCCACGUUGGAGGCACAUCCAAUCCAAUCCAAGCACAUGAUUUCUUGCAGUCACCUUGAAUCCGAAGUAUCUAACAAGGUAAAACGAAGAGAUUGUGAAACCCCCAACCCUAAAGUAAACAACCCGAACCAACAUGUAUGGUACCGUGACCAGGAUUCCAACAGAAAACCCGAUCCCAUUUUUUCAACACGUUGGAACUUAACCACAAUCGCGAAGGUUCAGCGCAGAGCGUAAAUUUUUUGACUGCUAAGGCUGAGUGUGAAACAAUUCAGUUAAUUCUAUCCAGACCGUUUCACAGUGGUUGGAGAUGGCAAAAUUAAGAUCUUAAUUGAAUUGUGUAUAAACUAUUGACUUAAUCAAAACAGUGUCUUUAGAGGAAUUGAUCACAUUAGCUUUGCCCACAAUUCUAUAAUUAAUCAUGUUACCUGCGUUAAUUUACCUUCAGAUCACUGCUGUUGUGAUGACAUUUCUCGGAAAUUAUGCUUGCAAUUAGUUCCGCUAAUUGUUAACA